AAGUAUCACCCCACCGCAAAGCCCUCCAAACAUCCAAUAUUUUUCUCUUUGCAGUGACUGCUAGUUAGCGAUGAAACAAACUGAGCUUGUCUUCAUCCCAGUUCCGAUCAUUAGCCACCUUUCGCCUACAGUGGAGAUUGCAAAGCUGCUUACUCAGCGAGACCCCCGAUUCUCAAUCACGAUCUUCAUCAUGAAGUUUCCGUUUGGGUCCAUUGAUAGUAUGACCACGGACUCUGAUUCCAUACGUUUCGUCACACUUCCUCCUGUAGAGAUCAGCUCCGGAGCGACGACGCCUGGUCCCUCCAUGUCUGAAUUCAUCAAAGCUCAGACACUACUCGUCAGAGACGCAGUCCACGAGCUCACUCGCUCCAACUCGGUUCGGCUCGCUGGGUUCGUUAUUGACGUGAUGUGCACCCACAUGAUUGAUGUGGCCGAUGAGUUUGGGGUGCCUUCCUAUCUCUUCUCCACUUCCAGCGCCGCUUCUCUUGGCUUCCUGUUGCAUCUUCAGUUCCUCCAUGACUAUGAGGGCUUGAAUCUUGAUGAGUUCAAGGACUCGGAUGCUGAGUUGCAGGUUCCGAGUUAUGCUAACUCGGUUCCAGUACCGCCAGUGUAUCCCGUUGGACCCAUUCUCAACACUAGAACGGGAUUUGGUGAGGAUCAACAAAAUGCAAGUGCCAUCAUGAGCUGGCUUGAUGAUCAGCCUCCAUCGUCUGUGGUUUUCCUAUGCUUCGGGGGCAUGGGAAGCUUUGGUGCGGAUCAGAUCAAGGAGAUAGCAUAUGGGUUAGAGCGCAGUGGGCAUCGCUUCUUGUGGUCCCUUCGCCAAGCUCCCCCAAAGGGUAAAAUGGCAUUUCCGAGAGACUAUGAAAAUAUUGAGGAAGUUCUACCAGACGGGUUUUUACAUCGGACGGCUAGAAUUGGAAAGAUAAUUGGAUGGGCUCCACAAGUAGCGGUUUUAGCCCACACAGCUGUUGGAGGAUUUGUUUCUCACUGUGGAUGGAAUUCUCUCCUCGAAAGCAUAUGGUACGGUGUUCCAGUAGCCACAUGGCCAAUAUAUGCGGAACAACAAAUCAACGCUUUCCAAAUGGUGAAAGAUUUAGGAUUGGCAGUUGAAAUUAAAAUUGAUUAUAAUAAGGAUAACAACUAUAUUGUAAAUGCUCAUGAGAUUGAAAAUGGAUUAAAGAAUUUGAUGAGCAUUAAUAGUGAAGUGAGGAAGAAAAUGAAUGAAAUGCAACAAAUAAGUAGAAGAGUUAUAAUAGAUGGUGGAUCCUCGCACUCUUCUUUAGGUCAUUUUAUUGAAAACGUAAUAACCAAUAUUCCAUAACCUAAUGUAUCGGAUCGUUAUUUUAUCAUAUGUUUUUAUUUCAAUGUUGAUGUAAUUUCUUUGAUUUCGAAA